AUGCCUGUACUCUUUCGAAAAAUGGAAACACGGCGACUGCACAACCCGGGCAUCAAACAAUUAGUGCAAGUCCUGCGCACUGAUCCUCACUCUACGGCGGAUCUUGGGGAUGCACGAUUCAAGAAGGCUACCCAAGCCGCCAUCAAGAAAUUGCCACGCCGGCUCCGCUCUUCAACCAUGGCAUGGCAUGGGUCGUUGUGUAGCUCCCACAAGGGUCUCGAUUUCUACUUGAUCAAUGAACUUUGGUCCUGGAUCAGAUACGAGCUCGAAGUGGCCAUCGGGCGGUUUUUGUAUCCAAUUGUAAUGUCCGAGAUCCUCUCCAAAGAAGAUGAACGUUGCGUGCGCCAGCUGGAGCCGGUCGCACGAAUGUUUAACGCGGAGUGGACACUCGCUGAAUCUGCAGCACCUGGCAAAAUACCUAUUGAUACAGGGAGCAAGUGGACCUACCAAGAGAACCGUUGCCCAGCUUGCAUGCUUACGCGCCUCGGCUCAGAUGAGGUUGCAUUGUUCGCACUGUUUGCCUGCAUGUACGGUCAUCUUCGCUCGCGCAGCAGUGGCCUAAACGGUGCUUCCAAAAUUCGGAGCAAGCGUUUGCGGUUCGUGCGUUAUUGGAUGAAGACCCACCCAGACGGCGCCCAGGCAGCUGAGGAGGCAUAUGACCUUGGUUUAGAGUUGAAGGCGAUUCGACGCGACGCAAAGGCAUCUCUUCUACGCUCAAAGCGCUCUACA